UUUCUUGUUUUGGGCUUUUUUGUCAAACGGUCCAUUUUUUUUUUUCAAAAAGCUUUCAGGGGUCAAGCCCUUGCGAGUCUCAAUGAAGGUACGCCUCUGGUUAUAGUGUGAUUUUUCAAAAAUGGGACACAUCGUAGUAAAUGAAAAGUUAGAGUUUUAUAAUGUAGAAAAAUAAAAAAAAAAUAAAAUAAAAAAAUAGUUGUAUCAAAAGCUGUGAUAAGGAUAUUACUUUAAAGAAUACUCUUAUGAUUGUCAAAAAAAAAAAAGAAUACUCUUAUGGUUGUCAAAAAAAAAAAAAAGAAUACUCUUAUGGCCUUCUCCCUAAAUUAGGAAAAAAGAGUCCUAAUAACAGAGUGAGCUACAGCAUACCUUCGAUAGCAUACCCUCGAUUUUACUCUUCAAAUGAAAAGUAGUCACCAUAUAUUAAAGACUAAAGUAACUCAUCAAUAUUACAAGUUGGUAUUUCGGUUACUUAUACUAUGACGCAAAGUAUUAAACACCAAAUUAUUUUAUACCAACAAAAAAAAAAAACAUCAGUCAACCAUAACAAACCCAAUAAUUAAAAAAUAAUAAAUUAAAUAAAUUAACAAAAAAAAAAAAUACUUGUAUAAUAAUAAUGUGGAAAAGUCCAAUAUAGAAAUUAAACUUAGUGAAUGAUUCUCAUAUUCCCACUACCACCUUCUCAAAACAUUCAUUUUUUUGAACUUAUAAAUACUUAAUUAUUAACUCAUCCUCUAAUUAACAUCCCCUGUUUCUUUCUUUCUCUAUUUCCAACAUUUUUAUCUCUCUGUUUUUUCCCACAUUUAUAUUUAAUCACCCUUUUUAACAAAAAUUAGGUAACCCUCUAAACCAAGCGAUUAUAACAUUGCCAAUUUCAUCAACAAUUUUCCCUACAUGCAACAUUUAUAUAUCGGGAUUAGAUUCCGAUAUCCCGAGUCUACGUGAACGGUAUCAUUCAGGAACUUACAAAGUUAAAUUAAGAGAAGAAAGAAGAAGAUGAAUUAUUUGAGUUUAGCUUUAAUUAUUACAAUAAUGGCAAUGGAAUUGUUCUUGGUCUCUCAUUGUGAUGCCAGAAGAACCCAUGGAAAACACGUAAAUGAUGACCAUAUAUCUCCUGGAGUCUCCUUAAUCGUCAAGGACAAAGAGGUGGUGAUUGACAAUGGAAUUUUGCAACUCACAAUUGCAAAUCCUGAAGGCUAUUUGAUAGGAGUUAGCUACGGUGGAGUGCACAAUGUGCUUGAAAAUCGUAACCACGAAUCAAAUAGAGGGUAUUGGGAUGUAGUUUGGGAUACAAAAGGUUACUCUGGCACUGACUGGUUACUCGGAUCGAAAUUAAAUGUGAUAGUAGAAAAUGAGGAUCAAGUUGAAGUUUCAUUUACAUAUGAAUGGGAUUCAACUACAUGGAACAAAUCAGAAGUUUGGAGAAUACCUGCCAAUGUAGAUAGAAGGUAUAUAGUGCUUCGAGGAUCCUCCGGGUUCUAUGCAUAUGCUAUUUUGGACCGCGAAGAAGGAAUGCCUGCAGCAAAUAUCUUCCAAAUCAGGACUGUGUAUAAGCUUGAUCAAUCAAGGUUUCAUUAUAUGGCUAUCUCUGAUGAUAGGCAACGGAUCAUGCCUAUGCCAGAGGAUCGCGAAUCCGGCCUGCCCCUUGCCUUUAAGGAGGCUGUGCUUUUGACCAAUCCCACUAAUCCAGAUUUGAGAGGCGAGGUGGAUGAUAAGUACCAGUACUCAUGUGAGGAUAAGGACAAUAAGGUGCAUGGUUGGAUAUCAUUUGAUCCACAAGUCGGGUUCUGGAUUAUUACUCCGAGCAAUGAGUUUCGUUCAGCAGGACCUGUCAAGCAAGAUCUCACAUCCCAUGUCGGUCCAACUUCAUUAGCUAUGUUUCACAGUGCACACUAUGCUGGUUAUGAUGUGACCAUGUCGUUCCAAGAAGGGGAACCAUGGAAAAAGGUGUUUGGGCCUUAUUAUGUUCAUCUGAAUUCAGUUUCUUUAGAUAGAGAUUUCCAUGAUCUCUGGAAUGAUGCAAAGCACCAGAUGACACAAGAAACUAGAAGCUGGCCUUACGAAUUCCCAUUAUCCAAAGACUUCCCUAAGUCUGUUGAGCGCGGUUUUGUGUUUGGUCGGUUGUUAAUCCAUGAAAGGUAUAAAAUGAGGACAAUGAUGGCUGGGAGUUAUGCUUGGAUUGGACUUGCUGCACCCGGUGAAGCAGGAUCUUGGCAAACCGAAACAAAGGGUUAUCAGUUUUGGACUCGAGCAGAUCGUAAUGGAGGUUUUAUAAUCAAGGGCAUUCGUGAAGGUGUUUACAACUUGUUUGCAUGGGUUCCUGGUUUCAUUGGAGAUUACGUAUAUAUUGAAGACAUCAGAAUUGUUCCAGGUUCCGUAAUCCAAUUAGGUGAUCUUGUGUAUGAGCCUCUGAGAAAUGGACCGACAUUUUGGCAAAUAGGCUUUCCAGACCGCACUGCAUUGGAGUUUUAUGUUCCUCAGCCAAAUAGCUUAUUUGUAAACAAACUUUACACCGAUAGUGAUCAUAACAAAUUCAGGCAAUAUGGUCUUUGGGAAAGAUAUGCUGAACUGUAUCCUGACAACGAUCUCAUAUACACUGUUGGUGAAAGUGAUUAUCAUAGAGACUGGUUUUUCGCCCAAGUCACUAGGAGAACAGGAAAUAAUACAUUUAAACCUACUACAUGGCAGAUUAUAUUCGCGCUUCAAGAUGUGAUCCCAUCCUCAAACUAUACUCUACGAAUAGCUUUGGCUUCAACCACUAGAGCAGAAUUGCAAGUACGAUUUAAUGAUCCAGAGGUGAGUAUUCCCCAUUUUACAACCAUGGUAAUGGGCACAGAUAACGCGAUUGCUAGACAUGGUAUCCAUGGGUUGUAUAGACUAUUAAAUGUUGAUGUUCCAAGCGAAUGGCUACGUGCUGGGAACAAUACCAUAUAUCUGACGCAAGCUAAACAUGAAUCGCCUUUCUUCGGAGUCAUGUAUGAUUAUAUUCGUUUCGAAGGCCCCCCUCGAACAACUUGAUUUAUGAUUUCACAAGGUCUAUAGAUUGAAUAUGGUCAAUUACUCACUGAUCAUGUUCAACAUUGUAAGCAAAUUGUAUGAUUUGUUUAGUUAUGUAUUUGUCUAUUUUACUUGGUAGGGGUUUUUAGAUGGAAAAGGCAUUUACAUAGUCUAGAAUUUGUAUAUAUAGUUUAUUAACUAGCUAGUAAAAAGAUGUACUAGAUGCAUAGAGCUAAAUAAAAUGUGUCAUAAGUCAUAACAUGUCUUUUUCCAAAUUUUGGCCUAGCUACAGCCUGCAAAUC